AGCUGCUCUGGCUUUUUCUUAUUGUAUAAACAAAAACUGUAAAACAUUGACAUCACUUGCCCAUAAUUACAUUUCAGGCUUGAACUUUGUCUCCAUGUGUACAUGGAGCUUAUCAAAACAGCACCUGUGGAAAUAGAUCCAUGCUGAAAGCAUUAAACUGACGUCAUUCAUAUCUACGAUGUAUGGAAAGUAAUUAGAUUAAAUGGAGAAUUAAUCAAUUUGAUAUAGCAACAUUUCUAAGAAAAGUUUAUUAGGCGGUCAUUCACUUUAAUAGAGAAUAUAUGGAUCUAAACAGCUCAUGCAUUAUGCAUAUUAUGACUUGCAGAAUGUUUUUAAUAGAUUAAUGCCGUGGAGAAGUAAACAACAAUAAAGAAAGUGUUACAUUAGCAAAACAAAUGCAAUAUGGGCUUUGUUCUAGAAUGAAGUAAUGCCCUGUAAUAAAAGGGAAUCCUUGUUAAUGAAAGCAAUUAGAGGUUAUUGCUUUCAAUAUACACUAAUAAUAAAUGAUGCUUGGAAUGUUGGUGCAUUACAUUGUACACACAUAGAUACUCAUGUCUUCAAUCGGAUUAAGGAUUAAUGUGCAUAUAUGGUAUUUUAAUCUUAUUAGCUGGAAAUCUGUAACCUACCGGAUAAUGCAUAUUAUUUUACAAACAUCUGCUUUUGUUUCCCUGUUUUUGCAUAGGAUCAGCAUGAGGGAAAGCUAAGGGAAAGAUGAUACAAGGUGAAGUCCCUGUUAUUGUGGUAAGAGACUUUACCAACCAUUGUUUACAUUGUCUUAUAACUUAACCUUAUCCAUCAAGCCUCUAUAUAAGCCAGAAUCUGAACUUAGUGUCAUACAAGUCCCACAAUUGCAUUUUAUCCAAAAAAUGUCCGGUAUUUUAUUCAAAUCUUUUUCAUGUCUAUUCCUAGUCCUUCUGCUCCAACAAUCAGUGCCUACUGUGGAAGGAGUCCCCCUUGCCUCCACAAACUGUACUCUCUACAAGAAUGUCAUGGGUGGUACUGAAGCAAUUAGAGUUUACAUGGCCAGGCUCUACAACUAUCAGAUAGCACUUGAAGGCAAAUCAUAUAACAAUGAUAGCUUCAUUGCAUCAAAUCUCUUCAAAGGUCUUCAAGUAAUAGGCACUGCUGGUUUCUACAAUCGAUUGCUCCAGCUACUAAAUAAAAAUGAGGCUUCUAAAAACUACACCGGCUUUGAUAACUUGGACAUGACGGGGUUUUACUCUGAAAUGUUUUCUCAAAUAAUCACUGACACUUGCACUUGGUUGAAUUCUUAUGGUGAUGCCCUAACUCUUCGUACUGGGAUAAACUGCAGUCAUCCAGCAGAACAGCUAAUGCUGACCCAGUUCUCAAUAAUAAUGCCACUGAUACGUUCCUUUGAUCAGAAGUUCAGGGAGCAGUUUAACUGCACCCCCAAAUACUAUCAGCACUGGAUUGAUGAGAAUCUAUUGGGUUCCCACCAACCAGAAAUUAACUACCUCCAGAGACUCGUGGGUGAUACUCUAUCUGGUCCGACUCCAAGCUCUAAAUAAAGCACUGCCGGUGUACUUGAUCGCUCUCUCUUUCUCUACGUGGAUACAAAAGACUAUUAAUUAAAUAAAUUCUUUACUUUCUAUAUUAUACUAACUUUGUAAAG